AUGGCCAGUCUUCCAAGGAGGAUUGAAUUGAGCGGCUCCCCUCGAAAGAUUGGUAUUGAACAUGGACGGCAGCUCUCACGGGAAAUUCGAAGCGAGAUCCAACUGUAUGGCCGGAUGUUCCAGGCCACGACGCAGAUGAGCUGGCCUUCUAUCCAAAGCAUCGCCCGCGAGUUUGCCACAACUAUUGCAACUCUGGUGCCCGAAAUCUAUGCCGAGAUAGAAGGUAUUGCAGGAGGUGCGGGUGUGGACGUCCUAGACGUGGUUGCUAUAAAUGCCAGAUCGGACAUUGCCCAUGGACUGUUCUCAGACGGCUGCUCCAGCCUUGGUUGGGACCGCAAACAUCAGGGCGUGCUGCUUGCGCAGAAUUGGGAUUGGACAACUGAGAUGCAGAAGAAUGUCGUGCUCAUGUCCAUCACACAACCUGACAAACCAAAAAUUUGGAUGGUGCCAGAAGCUGGCAUGGUUGGGAAGAUAGGUUUCAAUUCUGCUUCCGUUGGCACAUGCUUGAAUUCGAUUCGAGCAAAGCCGGUUGAUACCUCGAAGCUCCCCGUCCAUGUUGCUCUGCGUGUGUGCCUGAACAGUCGAAGCAGGGCAGAGGCUAUUCAACGCCUCACGAUCCUUGGAAGCAUUGCAUCGGCUCAGCACAUCCUGCUAGCAGACCCUGCUGGACCAGUUUCCUUGGAACUUACGCCACUUGGCGACACACACAUCUAUCCUGAUAGCCAGGGCAUUGUCUGCCACACGAACCAUCUCGUUAGCAAUGGAAAUUGUCUCGAACGUCCAUGGGCGGAUUCACCAUUCCGAAUGACGAGAAUGCAGGAACUGCUCCAGCAACUGGUGAGCAGUGACACGCCUGUUGAUGGAGCACGCCUACGGGAGCAUGUUUUCUCGGACACACUCAACGCGCCAUACGGCAUUUGUCGUCAAGACGACCCGGCAAUGCCUCCGGAAAGACAAAGUAGCACACUCUUCUGCAUAGUGAUAAGACUGGGAGUCAGCACGCCUUUUGCGGAGCUGAUCUGGGGUCAACCAGUCAAAUGUGUAGAUACCAAGGUCAUGCGCAUGCCUUGGUGA